UCGGCUGACUGACAUUCCAGUGGGAGGCUGUUCUCAGUUCCCACCUGGUGACCAGCCCCGCAGUGACUGUGCUGACCACAUUUCUCCCCUGCUGUCAGGACUCCGUGCUCUCCUGGGACCUCUCUGGACCACAGCCCUUUGCCAGACCCUUCCAGACCCCAGCCCACCAUGGUCCCUCCAGGCCACAUCCUGCUCCUGUUUUUGCUCCCAGUGGCUGCAGCUCAGACAACCCCAGGGUCCUGCUCCGGAUGUGGGCCCCUCUCCCUGCCACUCCUGGCGGGCCUGGUGGCCGCUGACGCGGUCAUAUCACUGCUAAUUGUGGGGGCGGUGUUCCUGUGUGCUCGCCUAGGCCACAGGCCCACCCAAGAAGAUGGCAGAGUCUACAUCAACAUGCCUGGCAGGGGCUGACCCCCUGUAACUUCGACCUUUGACCUCUGACCCUCUCAUACUAGAUGGUGUGUGGUGGCCCAGGAACACCCUCCUCCCUUUGGGGUUGGAAUAAAGCAAUUGAA